GGUUGCAUGAGUGUCCAAUGCUAAUGAUAGAAAUAGAUAAAAAUGAGAAAAAGAUCGAAAGAGUUUGGAAGAGGGGCCGCUCCAGGCUUCUCGUUGAAGAUUUCAAGAAUCUUGUUGCAGAAGGACGAAUUUCGUAAUAUUAGUGGCGUUCAAUAAACAGAGUUGUGCGCUCGAGGACACGGAGAGCAUCCUCAAUCCCUUCUCGUUGGAAAGAAAAUGGAGGCCGGACAAUGCUCUGGAUCGAAGGAAGUGGACCGGCCAUGGGCCAAAUUAGUGCCAAGGGAUGUCAGGUAUCAAGAAAUUAAAAUCAUGUCAGCAGAAGAGGUUAUAUGCUCUCAAGUUACGGAUUCAUCGCUAGAUGCUCUUGAGUGGUGCGCCAUUGUACGCGAUGGAAAUGGUUCCGCGGUAAUUAAAAACCUGAGCUCAACAGCAAUCUUAGUUGAUGGAAAUCUUGUACAAGAAGACUUGGUGGCUUUGAAAAACGGAAGUGAAAUCGUUGCGGGACCUAAUAGAGACGGAUACAUGAGUUAUGUCUUUCAAGAAGGACAUGCCUUCUGCCAAGAAGCCAAGGGUUUAAAGAUCUCAUUAGAUGCUGAGCAUGCAAAAUGCAGCAUAUGCCUGAACAUAUGGCAUGAUGUUGUUAGCGUUUCUCCCUGUCUUCACAAUUUCUGCAAUGGAUGCUUUUCAGAGUGGUUAAGAAAAUCGUCAACCAAGCCUGGUGGUAGGCAUCAAAGUAUUGUUUGUCCUCAAUGCAGAGCUGUUGUACAUUCUGUUGGAAGGAAUCACUUUUUGCAUAAUAUCGAGGAGGCUAUAUUACAAGCUUCUUCCUCCCUAAAACGUUCUGAUGAGGAACUUGCGCUGGCUGAUACACAAGCUUCAAUUAUAUCAAAUAUUUUGUUGGGGAUCCCAAAAAAACCUUCAAGAAAGAGAAAUUUUGCAGUAGCAAACGAUGAUGGUGGUAGGGUGGAUUUUCCUUGUCCUCAAUGUGGCACUGAACUUGAAGGAUUCAAAUGUAGCCAAACCACGUCUCACUUGCAAUGCCAUAGAUGUAGCGGAAGGAUGCCAUCUAGGCCUGAUAUUGGUGUACCACAACACUGCCUGGGCUGUAAUAGAGCAUUUUGUGGGGCUUACUGGCUGUCUCAGGGGAUGGAUUGGAAUGAGUUUAAUAUAAUUUGCAAUCCAGAAACACUCAAGCCUAUUUCGGAGCGCUACACUGCAAGAAUUCCAGGUUCAGUCCACCAGAAUAAUCAGUAUGAAAUAGAUGUAACAGAAAGGUGUAUAAAUGAAACUGGAAAGACAUUACAGGCCGUGCUUUCUGAAUGGUUUGCAAAAUUCAUCAACAAAGAAAUUGAUAUGUCAAAUUUACAGUUGAAUCAUCCGGAAGCUAUAACUGCUAAGACACCUCUUUGCAACGGUUGUUAUGAAAAAUUGGUGGAUUAUCUGCUUUACUGGUUCCGAAUAACACUGCCUCCUCAUCUUUACCCACCUGAUUUAGCUGGAAGGGAGAACUGCUGGUAUGGUUAUGGCUGUCGCACACAGCAUCACAACAGUGAACAUGCAAGGAAGAAAAACCAUGUUUGUCGGCAGACAAAAGGAAUACAUACAUAAUCAUGAAAUUGGUAGGAGCUUGUUUGGAUCUUUAGCUUAAUUCAACUAUUUUCCGUUAGUUUCCUACAAAACCUUCUUCUCCAUGUAUUACUGAGUGCUAUCUGAACUACUAUUUAUAAUUCAUGCAAAAAAUUUUUUGCUCAACUUUUAGCCAAUUAGUAUACUUCAUUGAUCUUGAUUGCUGUCCAGGUUUUCCAUUUGUAUAUUGAGAUGAUUGUCAAUAUUUAUACCUAAUACUCGCAAUAUGUAUCUCAAUGUUUCCAAUGCAGAAUUCAUUGUUAUUUCUUGAAAUGAAAGAACAAUCAAUGUAGUAUUUCAAUGUUUGAACUGUA